AGCUGUGCUUGUGGCCAGACGAGACGAGACCUUUAAGUACAUACCUUUGGAUUUCUCGGUCACGUGACUGGGUUUCUACAACCUGCCUUCCUCGAGCCGGCUGUCCGCUCCCACCAUUGCACAAAAAGGAUGGAGGAGCCUCCUAUGUCAUGUGACUGUUUAGUUUCUUUACCGCCUGGAUCUCGGGAUGACCAUGUGAUUUUUGGGAAGAAUUCAGACCGCCCCCGGGAUGAGGUGCAGGAAGUGGCUCACUUCCCUGCAGCAUCGCACCCUUCAGGCUCCAUGCUUGAGUGCACAUACAUCCAGAUCCCUCAGGUGGAGCAAACUCAUGCUGUCAUCCUCAGCAAGCCUGCUUGGAUGUGGGGGGCUGAAAUGGGCGCUAAUGAUCAGGGAGUCUGUAUCGGGAAUGAGGCCGUCUGGACACGAGAGCCUGUCGCUCCUGGUGAGGCUCUACUGGGCAUGGACCUCGUCCGACUGGGGCUGGAGCGAGGCGACAGUGCCUGGGCGGCGCUGACUGUGAUCACCGGCCUCCUGGAGCAACACGGUCAGGGGGGGCCGUGCAGGGAGGAUCCUGAGCCCUUCAGCUACCACAACACCUUCCUCCUAGUGGACCGCAAGGAGGCCUGGGUCCUGGAAACUGCUGGGAGACUGUGGGUGGCACAGAGGAUCACAGAGGGCGUGAAGAACAUCUCCAACCAGCUAACAAUUGGUACUGAGAUCUCUGCAGAGCAUCCGGAGCUGCGCAGUGUGGCUCAGGAACAGGGCUGGUGGGACGGGGAGGGAGAAUUCAACUUCUCCCAGGUGUUCAGUCCAGAGAACCCACCUGCCAGGAUGGAGCUGGCCAAACAGCGCUACAAGGGAGGAACGGAGCUUCUCCAGCACCAUGAUGGCUCAGUAACAGCAGAGGUGAUGAUUUCCAUUCUGAGGGACAAACCGAGCGGUAUCUGCAUGGAUUCUGGAGGCUUCUGCACCACAGGGAGCAUGGUGUCCAUUCUGCCCAGAGACACCAGCCUGCCAUGCGUCCAUUUCUUCACUGCCACUCCGGACCCCUCCAGGUCUGUUUUCAAGCCUUUUGUCUUCUCCGACUGUGUCACCCCAGUGCUGAGGGUGGUAUCCCCACAGUUUGGGCCAGACGACCCUGUCAGGAAGCAGCCUCGCUUUCAGAGCCAGGUGGACCGCAGACAUGACCUUUACAAGGCUCACCAGGGGGCGCUGAACACCAUGGAGACCAACCCGGAAGAGGGUUUAACCACCUUUGAGAUCCUGUUGGACCUGGAGUCGCAGUGUCUGAGCGAGAUUUCAGCCAUGCUGAACGGAGAGAUACCCGGAGAGGAACUGGGGGACUUAUUUUUUGACUGUGUGGACACAGAGAUUAAGUUCUACCAGUGAGCAGCGCCCUCAGGUGGAGAUCCCUGGAUCCCGCACAGCUGCAAGACAGGAGCCCUGGGACUGUUAUAAACUGUGUUCCUCGUCUGAUGGGCCUCAGCCUCACAUAACACACCUCCCCGCCACCAUUCCAUCAUUUACACAGACUAAAUGUCUAAACUGCACAUGUGAUUGGAGCAUAUGUAUCAUCUGUUUCACCCAGGGAGCAAUGACAGCACUUCACUAGAGAGUUUAAUGAUGUAGAGCCUGCUGUAUGUAGAGGGAGUUAAGCAAAAACUGUGAAUAUGACAUUUCUAUAAUGUUUAGUUGUUGGAAAUGAAUGGUUUUACAUUUGACGGCCAUAUGUAGGGAAAGAUCUAAUAAAGAAUGAGCAUAGUCUUUA